UGCCUCCUAAGUGCUGGUAUUAAAGGCAUGUGCCACUAUUGCCUGGCCCUUGGAGGAUUUCUCAGUGGACCACUUCUGUGAGUGCAGGGUUCCUGUUCUGACUGGACUCCAUUGGUGCUCCUCUUUCCACACUUGUGUUUGUUUAUGUUACAAACUUGGUUUCCCAGUUACACUGUUAAUUCCUGGAGAGAAGAAUUGGUAUCUGAUUAAUUUUUCUCUUUCUAACUUUGCCCUGUAUCUUGUCCAUGGUAGAUAGUAAGUGCAAAUCUUCUCCAUGGAUGAAUGACUGAAAACACAUGUUCAAUUGUUUUGUAAUCCAGUAGCUUUCCUUAGAUGUUUCUCAAUGUGCCACUGUACCAAGCUAAAGGGACAAAGCUCACGACAGUGAAGCAGCCAGCACUGGUAUGAGAGCUGCCUGUUGGUUUGUAUUGGUUCUUCUGCAAUGCCUAGCAGAAGUAAAUAAACAGCAAAUGCCCCUUGAGAAGCAGCUUGACUGGCCCAUCUGGACAAAGGGCCAAAUUUAGACCAUAAAUUUGAGCUCAAGUGACUAAAGCUGAUGAUUCAUGGAAAGGGAAGAACCAAACCAGAUUUCAUAAUUAUUGGAGCAAGCAAGGGACCAGAGCAAAUGACCCUUUGACACGCAGUAAGUACCCCAUCAAUGUCUGUUAGUAUGUGGGUCUGCAAAACAGGAACUUUGCUGAACCCAAAUAUACAGGCCUGAGUGGGGUGUCUUCCAGAAGAAAGAGUGCUUCCAGCCAUGCUCCAGUUGCAUCAUCUGAGAAGCUCGCUGUCUCUGCUUUCACCCAUGCUUCCAUAGCUUGUGUGUGUUUCAGGGCUUCACACUUAUCAGAAAAUGAUGGGCUGCAAGUUGCUGGAAGACAGUAGCACCACAGGGUUUCUCCAAUAUGCAUCUGAUGGACAAGAUUUCAUCAUCUCCAAUACAGACGCCCUCUCCUGGGUAGCUGUAGAUAAAAAUGUGGCUCACAUCAGUAAGCAGGCAUGGGAGGUCAAUCUGCAGGAGUUGCAAUACCAAAAGAACUGGCUGGAAGAGGAAUGCAUUGCCUGGCUAAAGAGGUUUUUGGAGUAUGGAAAAGACACCCUAGAAAGAACAGAAUCAGAAAGCAUUCUUCUAACGGUGAAAGUGAUCUCUGGGCCCAUAAUCCUCACCAUUGUCUUGGCUGGAGCUGGUGUUCUGACUUGGAGAAGGUCUCGAGAGCAAGAAGAAGUCAUCUACCAUCCCACUAAGUCAGCGGGCACAGCUCUCCCUUUUCGGAGGGCACCCACAUGCCCGUUGUCGGGAGUCUCAGCCAUGCACCUGACACAAUGGGGGCUUAGAGAAUUGAGCAUUUGUGACAAGAAGACAGGAGCUACAAAUUUUUCUUUGUUCUUUGGCUCCCGAAAAGCUGUCAACUUUCAGGCUCUUGAUGGACUUCUUUAUCACAGUCGGCUUUAAAUACAGUCUAUCUCAUGAGCCAAUACUUCCCAACAUCUUAUUUCUCCAUAGGAUUACAAGUAGAUUACAGAGUUUUAGAGCUGCAAGGAGCUUUCUCAUCCUAGCAGAAGAAGUCUUCCUAUCAUGCCACAGACUUGAGCAUCCAGCCUUCCUGUGACACCAUGUGUGGAGACCCCAUUCCACCACAAAACAGCCUUUCUAGUUCAUCUUCUCUCCUGAGAGUAUUUACCAUAUAAGAACUUUGACUAUCAUGUGAAUCUCUAAGGAGGGUUGGAGCAUCCUUGAGAACAGCCAGCUAGUUUCUACUGCAGCCUGUGAAUGAACUAAAUAUGAAAUACAUAUCAUGGCCCAACAGGCAACAGAAGAACUACCUUGGAAUAUUGGAAGUGUGUCUGGUAGAUCUAUGGUAAUGGCUUCACUUUUACUGCUUCUGGGAGAAAUGAGAGCAAUAAUUUGCCAAGCUGAAUGUGAUGGGACUCCUAGAAGUCCAGUACUCAGGAAGCUGAGGCAGAUAAGAUUGGGGAUAGCUUGCACUACACAAUGAAACCCUAUCUAAAACAAAAACAAAAACAAAAAACCCUUAACAGAACAAAACCAGUAAUUACCAGACAUAUUAUCACCUCCAGUGGAACUACAGAGACCUAGACUCACUUGCAACAUUUGAAUGUGAAAAUAAUAUUUGGCGGGCUGGAGAGAUGGCUCAGUGGUUAAGAGCACUGACUGCUCUUCCAGAGGUCCUGAAUUCAAUUCCCAGCAACCACAUGGUGGCUCACAACCAUCUGUAAUGAGAUC